AUGGACUGGUCCGCCAUCGCUGAUGUGAUUGACGAAGUGGCAAAGCUGAGCACCCAGGCCUGCAACGCUCAGAUGCGGCUUGUCUGCAAGGAAUGGAAAAGAGCCGUCGACGGCUCCAUAUCCACCAUCAAGUCGACGAAGCCGCCACAGCCGCUGAGCACCAUUGCCAGGACGUUCCCCCAGAUCACCAACUUGGACUUGUCCAAACAGGGCAUUGGGAUCUACAUUUUUUCUACCAAAUCCCGCCCUCUGGCAGAGUCACAGUUUUUCCUGCUGAGGAAUUUGACAUCGCUGGAUUUGUCUGGCUGGGCGGAUCUCCAGGAUGAAGACCUGCUGGGUGUGGCGAAUCUGCCGUUGUUGCAGGCGCUGAGUCUAUCAUCGUGCACCCAGGUGACCAAUACCGGUGUGGUUUCUCUCUCGCCCCUCACCAUGCUGACCUCCCUGGAUAUUUCCUGCUGCGACAAAGUGCUGGACGCGGGCAUUGCUUCCAUCGCCCCCCGUCUCAGGGCCCUUACGAAAUUGGACGUGAGCUCCUGCACCCGCCUGACGGACCACGCCUUCUUCGCCCUAAAGCAUUUCGAUUCCAUGACAGCGUUGCGCCUGUCCAAGUGCUGCAAUCUGUCAUCGCACGGGCUGUCUGUGAUAGGCCAGCUCUUCGGCCUGACAAAGCUCGACAUAUCACACUGCCGCAACCUGCCGAGCCUGCACGGCAUUCGAAACUUGUCUAAGCUAACGGACCUCGACAUCAACGGGUGCCAUGGGCGGGAGGAGCACUGCGUCAUGACCCUGGACCCCCUCCCCUGUCUGAAGAGGCUGGAGUUCAGCGGCGUGAACAUAGGGGUGGAAUUCACAAUGUCUACUCUCGCCCGCCUGCGCUCGGUGGAAGUCCUGCGCCUCCACGGCUGCCACAUCGCAGGCCCCUACGGCCUCUCCGCAUUCUCGCACCUUCCGUCCCUUCGAAGCGUGGAAUUCUUCCAAUUGGGGUGCUUCGAAGUGGAGCUCUCCUGCCUGAGCACCCUUUCUGGCCUGGAGUCCCUCGCGCUGGUGAAGUGCCCAACGAUUAUGAGCACCUCCGACGCCCUCGCCCUCGUCACCAUGACCUCCCUGACGUCGCUCACGCUGGAUGGCUGCAAGAGCGUCCUCGACAGACACGUGAUUGUCAUGCAGGAAUUGAGGCAGCUGACAUCCUUGCGCCUAGUGGACUGCACGGACAUGACCGACUUUGCAGUCCAAGCGUUGUAUCCCCUCACCAACUUGAGGCACCUGGACCUGUCCAGCAGCUACCAGAAGUGCGGUUUCACAGACAGAGGAGCGCUGGCACUCCGGCGGCUCACCGCCCUGGAGAGCCUCAGGCUCUCGGAAUGGAGCCGGCUGACGGACAAGGGGCUGGCGGGGCUGGCUGAACUGCAGAACCUGAGGGAGCUGGAUAUCUCUUACUGCCAAAACUUGACCAGCCAGGGGAUGUCCGCCUUGGAGAGCCUGAGAAGUUUGGAACGCCUGGUGCUGUCCACUUCCUUGAGGCUGUCCGAGGCGGCG